AUGCCAAUUAAACAGGAUUACAUGAGCCAAUGUCCAAGUAGAUAUUUCGCAUCUAUGACUUCCGCAUAUUCUCAUGUUGUUUUGGCAUUCUAUAGCUACUACGGUGAAUGCUCGGAAGUAAGAACCUUCGUAUUCCAACAUUGGAGCGAUGGAGCUGGGGAGCGAGAUUCGAAUCUCGCUCCUUCGCUCCCUCGCUCCCUCGCUCCCUCACAAGACUAUCCAUAUGAUCCUAUAACACGUGAUAAUAGUUUAUAA